AUGAACUUCUGGCUUAAACUUACUGCCAUCUUUGUGGCCUUUUACGCUGUUCUCGAAGCUUCCUACCAAACAUGGCUUCCUAACCACUUUGUUUUCGACAAAAACGUCUUGCAAGAACUCGUUCAGGAAACGUUGAACGCCCAUCCUGGCGCUACUGCUGUGGAGAUCAUGACUGACUUGACGCCUAAGCUUCAAAAGGCUUACCCUGGUCUUAUCAACGACCUUAACUUCGAAGAUUGGGUAUACAACAACGCUGGUGGUGCUAUGGGUAGUAUGAUCAUCUUGCACGCUUCCAUUUCCGAGUACUUGAUCUUCUUUGGCACUGCUGUGGGUACUGAGGGCCACACUGGUGUCCACUAUGCUGACGACUACUUCACCAUCUUGUACGGUAAGCAGUUGGCAGCCAAGCCAUUCUCCACUGAGCCUGAAGUGUACUUGCCAGGAGACCAGCACCACUUGGUCAAAGGCGAAGUGAAGCAGUACGCCAUGCCAACUGGCUCAUUUGCUCUUGAGCUUGCCCAGGGCUGGAUUCCAGCCAUGUUGCCAUUCGGCUUCGUUUCUGUGCUUUCAUCCACGCUUGAUUUCCACUCGUUCGGCAGAACCGUCUGGUUUACCGGCUACGACAUGAUCAAGAACUUGGCCAAGGGUAAGUUCUAG